UGACUCACACAAGAGACGCACCAGUUCGGCUCCGACAGUCCAACGAGUAGGAUUGUGUUUUGUCGUUUUAAAUUAUUCCUAUAUUUUGUGUCAAAAUUUUCCCCGGGGAAAAUUUGGACUUGAAAGAAAGAGCGAUUGCCCGCGGGCUCUCGUUACUUUAAAUUAAAAUAACAAAAUCUUUCUCUCUUAUUAUUUGGAUAUAGUUUGAGUUUUGCCAGGGGGCUUGACCUAUUCGAUAUAAUGAGGGACAUGGCGGGCAAAAUUGCCGAAUUAAAAUUCGAGGCACCCCUGGCACGAUUUGAAGAAGAGGACACGGCCAGUAUCAAGAACAUGAACCUACUGACAGAACAAUUGUUGGAUGCGAACCUCGAGGCUAGUUUCGGUGAAAAUUGCAAUGCAAACGAGCCAGUAACGACACAUGAAAAUGGAACAGAUAUUCUUCAAGAGGGAACUUUUAGUCCCUUCAGCGGAAGCUUAGAGGACUUAGUGAAUACCUUCGACGAGAAAAUCACUUCCUGUUUCCGUGAUUAUGGGACUGAUGUUGAAUCCCUAGCGCCUGUACAAGUCCGAACACAAGAGGAGAUUAUGAACGAAUGCCAAAUGUGGUGGACAAUCACUGGCACAUUUGGAAAUAUUUUGCCAAUUGAUUGGAGUAAAUCAUUUGCAAGAAAAAUGCACAUGCCAGCCUUGAAUCUGAACGAGGCUGCUAUAAACUUAGAUAGGCCAGAACUCGAGGACUUAAGCAGUGAAGAUGAAGCUGUUGCGACUGAUUUGGAUAUGCAUGCCUUAAUAUUGUCCAGCAGUACUGAUUCACAUAGUCCAGAAGAACCUCUCAAAACUGCAGAAGAAGUUCUACGAGAAAUUGACGAUAUUAUGCAGGAAAGUCCAUCAAUGGAAAGAUCUCCUGAUUCCGAAGACUCUCUUUUAGAUACUGAUGAAGCAUUGGAAAGAAGCAGAGAAGUUUUGGGUUCUCCAUUAAACGACAAAAAAUUACGACAACUCACUUCCGGCCAACUGACUGAACUCCUAAGCGAAAUGGAGUCAUUAGUGGGAGCAUUAAGUGAAACUCUUAUUGCAGAACUUGCAUUGCGUGAUGAAUUACAAAUUGAAAAAGAUUUAAAAAAUACAUUUAUUUCUUUAGUACUUGCCAUACAAAAUCGUCGAAGGGCUCAUCACGUUACAAGAAAAAGAAAUCAAAAUAUACAAAAAUUGAUACUAAAUGGUACAAGUCCAUUACCACAACAUAGAUCCUUCCAAGAAUCUAAGUAUUUAACAACAGUCAUUCCAUACCAUACAGACAGUGGACCGCCAAAUAAUCAGGCACUUCAGGUUCUUAUAAAAAUAUUGAAAGCAAUUGAUGAAGAUAGUCCAACUGUACCCACGUUACUCACAGACUAUAUAUUAAAAGUUUUGUGCCCCACUUAGUGAAACUGUAAGAAGUCUUUUUAUUGUUACAAGAUGAAGAUAAAAAGAAAAAAAACAAGUUGAACAUCAAGAUUUAUAAAAUUUAAUAAGAAAGAUGCAAUCAGCUCUCUUCUUCUUGCCAGUGCGCUUUCAAACGUUGUUGUGUCGCAUGUUUAAAAAAAAAAAAAAAAAAAAAGUUUUAAGCCAUCGAUCUUGCUUCUAAGCUAUACAUUUUCAUUCAAAUCUAUCGCCUGUAUAGAAGUAAGACGAAAAACUCCCUCUCUGAUACUCUCUUCUAGUCUUAAUUUCAAUCACUGAUGUAGUUUGUACAAUUUUUUUAUAAGACUUUAUUAUUUCAUAUAUAUACUGUGUAACGAUUAUCAUUUUCCUCACGCUCAUAAGGAGAAUGAAAAUUCAAUACACAAUCUCAUAUAUAUAUAUUGCAAUCGAAUUCAAAUUCUAAUUUUUAUUGCGUUAUUUUAAGUCAAUUUUUUCAUAAUAAUUAUUGAGUUUUUAUAAGUUUUUGUACAUAAAAUGUACCGGAUGAAUUAUAUAUAUAUAUAGGUAUAUAUUUCGCAAAAAAAAAAAAAAAAAAAUUGAAAAGUGAUAAAUGUAAAUCUUAUCUCUUAUGGCUUUAGGGAUAUAAUCAUUUAUGAUUGAUUACCGAUAGAAUAUUGUUUCCUUUCAGGAGACACAUAAAUUAUUAAAUAGUGUAAAUUGUUGUAAGCCAGUGUAUUUAGGAAUAAUUUAUUGAAAACUGACGUCACGUGCAAAAAUAAAUAAAGCCGAAGAUAAUUGUAUUAAAA